AUGCCACCCGCUGUCUCAUGGCUCUCUUUAUUCCAAGAGGCGAAGGCAGCGGCCAGUACCAAUGUCCAGGAGAGUGCACCCAGCCAUCUUUGCGGCGUGGGCCAGUCCUUCAGUGCAGUCGAGGAAGCAGUCAAUCGGCGGCCUGCCGUGUCAAAUGUGAAAUACACCGCGCAUAGCACGCCAGACACGUCGGCCGUCCAACGUCAACCUGCCCCGGCGGCUCGACGCAUUGGGCACGUCGUACCACGCGUGUUCACUGGAUCGUUCAGUGAGCUCGAAGAGAGCAUGCGGAAGCUGCAAACACCCGCGGCAGUGAUUCCUCCCCAAAUUGAGACUGCUUCCACGGAGCCGAAUGCGAAGCUGGCAUCUGUGACGACCCCAGUCUCCGCAACCACAUCAAGUGUGAACAGUAGUCCGGGGCUCCGUCGCCGCGAGGCAAUCAUUGAACGCGACGUGGAAUUUCAGGAUCGUCUCAUCAACGGCGACAUUGUUCGAAGCCGCAGACCAGUGGAGUGUGAUACUGUUGGCGCUGCUCGGAUCCCGGCCACGGAUGAUUCGACACAUGACAACGAGACCAUCACUCGUUGGCUCAACGAUCCACCUUCAGGUCGGAAGCGCAAAGUCUCGAAGGAUGCAAUCAAGAGCUGA